ACACCAUACAAUCCCCAAUCAACCAGAACCUCGAUUAGAAAUGGGCGACCACGUCCUCUUCUUCUACGGCACCCUAAUGUCCCCAGCAAUCCUACACCGGGUAAUCCACGGCCGCGCAGAUCCGGAACCGUGGCAGCGGGCGUACCUACGGAUCCAGCCGGCGGUGCUUCCUCACUACCGGCGGCAUCGGGUGCGGGGAGCGGAUUAUCCUGGUAUUUUACCUGUCGGUUCUUCUCCAGAUGGUGGCAUGGGGGAUGGUUGUGCGAAUGACCGGGGUAGGAACGGCACAGCUUCAGUCCUCGGGACGCUGGUCACUGGGUUGACGGAUGGGGAUGUGUAUCGGUUGGAUCGGUUUGAGGGGGGAGAGUAUUCUAAGGUUCGAGUCAGAGUUAGGGUUGUAGGUGAGGAGCAGGGGGAGGGUCGGGGAAAGGAUCAGGGGGAUGAGGAGCAGGAUGUGCGGACGGAACUUCAUACUACGCCGCUACCAGACACUACUGAACCCUCUCAAGAAGUCGAGGCGCUGACGUAUGUUUGGACGGCGGAGCGAGAGCGGUUGGAGGAUGCUGAGUGGGAUUUCGAGGCUUUCAAACGGGAUAAACUGGCUUGGUGGGUGGAGGCCGAUGAGUGCGAAUGGUAG